AUGGAGGACGAUAAGACUGCAAAGAUCAAGAAGAAGGUCACUCACCGCAAGUCGCUUUCGUGCGAAUACUGCAGUCGCUCUUUUGCCCGCUUGGAGCAUCUCCAACGCCAUCUCCGCACCCAUACCAAAGAAAAGCCUUUCUCAUGUGACAUCUGCUCCAAGUCUUUUGCGCGGAGCGACCUCCUGGUGCGACAUGAGCGAUUGGUUCACCCUGCCGAGAGUGCGGCCAGUCGAGAACACCGCACCCUCAACGGCACCGACAAUCAUCACCACGAGAUUCCAAUCCAGUCAACAAUCAGUCAACCCGUCCACCAUGAAUCCCGCAUGCUAGAGCUGGCCGACGCCAUCCCGGUCCAUACCCAAAUCCCGCCUCCACCUCCAGAAGUGCAGGUCCAGCCGCCGCCGAUCGUUGAGACCACCCACUUCAAUCCAUCCUGGGGCUACGACCUCAACCUACUGUCGCACGCCGCAAGUCAUGUCGCAUUGGAGGGGCAGCAGGAGAGCCUGGAGUCCAUUCGAAAAUCAUCGCAUGCGGUCGGCAACCCCUCCCAGUCCCUGCCACAGGCCUCCGAGAGGGCAAUCACCGAUAACUAUGGGGUAGAGCCCUCAAUCCUGGACCUCACAGACCUGGGUGACCCCGUGCAGGACUUUACGGUCUUUUUAGAAAGCGUGGGCCUGUCGUCCGACUGGGAUUCGGGGGUCUUCUCGGGUGAUCUCAUGAGCGACUCGCGAGUCCAGGCGGAUGAGCCGCCGUCCUUCUCGAACUUCGGGUCGCGGUUACCAUCCCUGCAACCCGAGUCGCACGAGAUUGAGGAUCGCAUCGGUCUCUCUGACGACAGUCCCCGGCCAGCGUGGGACAUCACGAAUACCGAUCGACAAGUAUUCGUACAGAAACUGGAAGAGUUCUCUUCUGUUCUUCCCAAAGGGUUUGUUCCCCCGUCACGACACACCCUAACCCGCUUCUUCGCGGGGUAUAUUAACGGACUGAAUGAACAUCUCCCUUUUGUACAUGUGCCUACUUUGUCGAUUGCCAAAUGCUCCCCAGAGCUCACCUUGGCAACGGCGGCUGCCGGCUCGCACUAUCGAUUUGAGAAUGGACGAGGAAUAGACCUGUUCCAUGCAGCCAAAGCAAUUUUGUUGGAGCGUCUGCGUCGGAGAGACAGCAGGCAAGUGCCUCAUCCAACAUGGAACUAUAUUUCUCCCCCCUCGGGCUUCCACAACUCACGUGGUUCAUCCAUGAUCUCGAACACGGCGAGCAGCCCGUUUCAAAGUCAGCAGCUGGCCAACCCUCCAUUUAACCCGUCCAUCUAUACCCCCGAUGACUCAGAUGCCCAUAUGGAAGUGAUACGGACUUUCUUGCUGCUGACUGUGUUUGCGUCCUGGGAGAGACACCCAGAACUGCUUCGAGAGAUCCUCUCACUACAAAGCACAUUGGCCAGACUCGUUCGGGAACACGGUUUGGCGGAGGCCCCUCCUCCCCCCGAGCCUAUGAGUUGGGAAGAGUGGAUUCGAAGAGAGGGUAAUAGACGGACGAAAAUGAUUGUCUACUGCUUCUCCAAUCUCCACUCGAUCAUGUACAACAUUCCUCCCCUGAUUCUCAACGGCGAGUUGAAGUUGAACAUGCCCUGCUCCCACGACCUCUGGAAGGCAAACAACGCCGCCCAAUGGCGGCGCCUUCAUCGUGUCCGACAAGGAUCAGAUGUUCCUUUCCAAGACGCAUUUGCCCGACUCUUUCUAAAACCCUCUACCUCCUUCCCUUCCACCCCCAUCUCGCCUCUCGGAAAUUAUAUCUUGAUUCAUGCCAUUAUACAGCAAAUCUUCUUUGCUCGGCAACUCUGCCUGUCCGCCCCGAAUAUGCACGGAACCAGCCUGCGACAGGAAGAUCUCAACGUGUUGGACAACUCGUUGAGCGCUUGGAAGGCACUGUGGAAACGCACGCCUGAAUCAAGCAUUGACCCCCAGAACCCAGCAGGCCCUAUCGCCUUCACCUCGACGGCGCUCCUGGGCCUCGCAUAUAUCCGGCUCCAUGUCGAUCUGGGCCCUUGUCGCCAUCUGAUCACCCAGGACCCAGUCCAGAUUGCCGGAGCCCUGGGUGAUUCCCCCCCCAUCGUCCGCACCCCCCGGCUGAUCAUGGCCCUUCUGCACUCGGCCCACGCCCUCUCCAUCCCCGUGCGUCUAGGAAUUGACUUUGUGGCCCGCACACACUCGUUCUUCUGGAGUAUCCAGCACUCUCUGUGCAGUCUGGAGUGCGCGUUUCUCCUUAGCCGCUGGCUGCUCGCUAUCCCUGCGACGCAGUCGGAGCAGCGGCUCUCGGAGCACGAGCGGAAACUCCUCCUGUGGAUCAAGAGCAUGAUGGAUGAAACCGACAUGGCUGUUGAUCCUCCCGGCGCGCCGGAUCUGGAGUUCAUGGCGAAUCCAUACAAGGUGUGCCAGCUCAGCGUUGCGAUUGUCCGUGUUUGGGCGCGGACGUUCAGGGGAAAUACUAGUUGGGCGAUUGUGGAUUUGGUGGGGUCAAGUUUGGACGCUUACGCGGAUCUCCUGGAGAGCUGGACGGACUCCUAG